AUGGUCGUUCGCUUCCAGACCCCCUACAGAGAAGCCAUGGAGGACCCCGGCGAUUCGGACAAACACACCCGCCUAGGCUGCAGUGGCCGAGACCGUCCAGCGGGGGCGCUGUGGGUGUGCGCCGGCUGCGGGGGGACCAUCAGGGACCCGGUGGUGCUGCGCGUGGGGUCCGACCAGCAGUGGCACGCCGGGUGCCUGCGCUGCGCCGAGUGCCACUGUCCACUAGAGGGCAGCGUCAGCUGCUUCUUGAGAGAGGGGAGGACCCUCUGCAGGGGGGAUUACACCAGGAUGUUUGCAGUGAAGUGUGAAGGCUGCAGGGAGGCCCUCCUCCCCUCUGAUCUGGUUCUGAAGGCCGGGGGACACGUCUACCACCCCAACUGCCUGCGCUGCUCACUCUGCAAUCGACUGCUCGUGCCUGGGGAUCGCUUCACAGUGGGGUCCCAGGGCCUGUGCUGCCAGGCAGAACACGAGAUGCAAGAGCCCCAGAUCCGCUCGGGGGAAAAACCUGUGAGAUGGAAGGGAGGGUCCCGGGACAGCGGGAGGGGGGCGCACUGGGACAGGGGGCGGAGCAGGGCCGGAGGGGUGAGGGUGCGCACCGUGCUGAGCGACGCCCAGCUGAGGGCGCUCCGGUCCUGCUACUCCCGCACCCCCCGACCGGACGCGCGGGUCAAACUGCGCCUGGGUCAGCUGACCGGCCUCAGCCCGCGCGUCAUCCGCGUCUGGUUCCAGAACAAGCGCUGCAAGGACAAGAGGAGCAGCCUGAGGCCGCGGAACGCAGGGGAGCGCGGCGCCACGACGCUGCUGUACGCCACAGCCCGGCCCAUGGUUGUGGUGGCCCCGGAGGCUCUCGAUCCCGCCCUUCAGGUCUGCGUUUACGAAUCGCCCUGGCAAACACCGGAACGGCGCCCGCAGCCAACAGCAGCUCGCGAGGAAGGGUCACUCCCCAAGACGGGCAUGUGUUCCAUGGACGAGGAAGAUCCCCUCUCUCCAACCACAUUACCCUGACCCUUCCAACAGCCUACGAACUUGUCUGACCACUAAAUAUGUGUUUGAAUGAUUCAUGAAGAAAUGCUGGACUUCACCCUCUUGCAUAUCUGUCCUCGGUCAUGGUGGAGUUUUGUUGCUUCUGCAGAACUGCAUAUUUCAGUGAGUUUAUGCAAGUCCUCAGAUCAGACAAGAUUCAUAUUGAUGGAUAAAUCUCAACAUAACACAAGACAAGAAAUCGUUGUCAGUAAUGCAGGAAUUAGAUAAGUAGAAAGCUCUAAGCACUGAGAGCAACUCACGAGCAAUCAACCAGCUCAAUAAGCUUGCUUCCCAGCUAAUUCUUUCUUGAAGUGAUUUAUCAUCAGAAAUAAAAUUGACAAAUGAAUUCCAAUAAAAGGUUUUUAUUGGG